AUGGGCACCCCGCAUGGAAUUUCUACCGAAUGCUCUAUUACUUGGGCUCAGUUAACCUUUAUUAUCUCCGAUAAGAUCGAUUUUGAAGAGGCAGCUACAAUUCCGCUGGCUGCUAUGACCGCUGCUCUCGCUUUAUACCAAAAGCUCAGUCUGCCGCUUCCUUGGGACCCAGUCAAGGAACGUCUGCCUCCCCUCCUCACUGGCGGUGUCACAGCUGUUGGAGCCUUUGCUAUCAAGCUAGUAAUCCUCUUCAACAUUCACCCCAUCAUCGCCGUCGCCGGAAAUGGUAGCUCCUAUGUGGAGACAUUGGUCAGUAAGGAUAAAGGCGACGUGGUCAUCGACUAA